AUGAAACGUAUUCUGAUUCUACUUCUGAUGACCAUCGUGCACGCUCUCGCUUCAGAAGAGGGCGAAAUCGAGGUUUGAUCCGCUUUAAAGAUGUACUGUUUGAAAAAAAUCUGCUUUUUGUAAAUGUUCAAAUAGUUGAAAACGUUACCAGAAAACAGGCUGAAACACAGUGAGACUACCGUCCGAAAGUCACUAGAAUUAUUUUUUCUUUGAACUGAUUCCGAAUCUGAGCUUAGAAGUUGCCGCUAAGAUGUGUGAAAGAGACCUAAGUUGAACAAAUAUACUUCUUUUAAGUUUUGGUAUACCUUUCACAAAGCAUUGUGGAAGUUUUUUUAGUGCAUUUUUGAAAUAAUUCUAAAAAACUACAUUAAGGGACUACAAUCUGAUUAAAAACCCCAGUAUCAGUUAAGAUAAUAGACUUAUUAGCGUUAUUUUUUAAGCCUAGAAUUCGCUUGUUUUCUUUUCUUCAUUCGGAGUUGAUUCUUCAUCAGAAAAUUCCAAGAAUUUGGAAAUUGGCAUUUUUCAGAUCAAACAGUCGUUGCCGCUCUGCAAACGGAUAAACGCCUGCGGAGCGACUUUGUCGACAUAUCCGACCCUCGAAGACACGACGUCUUCUGGCUGGACUUCUGGCGUCGUUCCACUCUACGACGAACUUCUUACUGUGCGUUUUGACCAUUUUUUUUCCCAUCAAGCUCUUUUUCAGUCUGAGACGAGGUCUGUGGUUUGGGGUUGAAAUCAAUAUUUCCAGAAUGAAAUCUUCGACUUUUCGGCGGAGCCAGACAUGCGGAAUUUCCACCUAUGUGCGUGUCCAAACAACAGCACUUGCGAGUUCGAUUCAGAAGACAACAGCGUCAAGCUGGAUAAUGUAAGAUUUCAAAUUUCUUUUUUUUUAGGACAUUUCCAUAUAAUAGAUCUCUUUCAAUCGAAGUGAUAUAAACUAUCACUAAACUGUUUCCGAGCCGCCAUUUUUUUGGAUCGAGUUCUGAGACCCUUGGAGAAUAUAUUUGCCUGAAGUCUUCUUAAGCUUAUUUAUUCUUCAUUUCUCACAUCAGGAGUGAAAUGAUUUCAGCACUUGACCCUGCGUUUGUGUCGCGAGGCCGACUUCCCGACGGUUUGCAAAAGAAACGUCGCCGUCGUCCGAGUGAUCGGUCCAGCUCAUCUUUCUGGUUCGUUAUGGUCUUUCGAUUAAAUCCUUUUUUUCAAUUACUUCUCAUUUUUGAACUUUAUCCUGUGUCUUGUUACACGUUUAGGCCAUGCAGACUUCACAGAUUUUUGUUUAUGAUACGCGGAUUUCGGUAGCGAAAACCGGAUGUUUCUGAACAGUUCUAGGGAUUACUUAAGAGUUUUGACGCUACUGGAGUGGUCACUAGGAAUGCCCUGACACAAAAAUUUUUUACGAAUGUUUCAAAACAGCGUGAUUUCUCUGCGUUAUCUUUUUUCCAUGGCGACGCUCCCUUGUUUACGUGCUGUUUUCGUGUUUUAUGACCUCGCCGGCCAGGAAAAAAGACGCGGACAUGUCAGGUUGCUUCAAGUCGGGGCGACUAUGUUACAUUUAUCGAACGUUGAAUUUUAUACUCUGUAAUGAGCGACUUCGAUUGAGAAGCAGAUCAGCUGAGAACUCGAAAUCAAUCAGAGGGAUCGAUUGAGAAGAGUGAUUGUUGUUGCAAAUGCCAGAUGGCUGGCAAAUCGGCUGAUUGCAUCACCGAUUUGCUGCCACCUGACACAGCUCCCACGAUUCUCUUUUUAUGCCGCAAACUUGUCCUUUUCAUCUUUGCCGCCGAUGCACUACAACAGGAAAUAAAAAUUCCGAGAUGAUUUCAGCAAGAGAAGCCGUGUCUCUUAGACUUGCCCCCUUAUGAAAAAAGCAUUUGUUGAUUCUCUUUAUGGUACUGCCUUAUUUGAAAAUUGAAAAGUGUGUCGGCAUUAUUUUGAAGAUUCUUCUAGAGACUGAUUGAAAGACUAAUUCUUGAGAAUAUUUUUUUGUAGUGGAUCUACUACAAUAAAAAAUUGUCCAAUUUUUGUAUUUAUCGCCUUGUCUCGCACCUUCGAACAAUUUUAAAAGCUCUAAAUCGUCUGUAUUUUCAUCGACAGACAAAUUCGACUUUUUAAUCCAUUUUUCUCGGCUUGAGGGGUGUGAAAGAGUUAGCAAUGUGAGGGUCAAACCAAUUAUUCUACCGGCCGAACUUUUUUAUAGAGACUAUUUUCAAGCAUCAAAUGGGAAUGCCAUGGCAGCUUUUUGAAAAAGAUGGAUUCAAAAAAUACAUUUUUUUAACACGUCUUAUUCAGGAUACAAAUUUCCUGAGAAAAAUAUCUUUCUGUCUACUGGAAUCGACUUAUUCUCGAACAAAAAAAAAAUACUGAAACAUGUGUCGCGUCACAGUUUUUUAAGCUGUUGACACCAGGGCCAUCCAUCGUUGUUGAGAAGACAGCUUUAGGGUGAAAAACUGUUGAUGAAAGUUUACAGCGACAGCUGCACGCAAAAAAUGAGUCACCCGUGCAACUGGAAACAAAAACAGAGAUUUUCUCGAGUUUCGGAUAUUUGUUGACGUAUUCGCCUGGGAAUCAAAUGAUAGAAUAGUUUUUUAUUUUGAAUUUGUAGGCGACAGCGUGGAAGCAGUCUCAAACGCCGCCGUUUUCUGCAAAUGCGCCUCCGGCUUCACCAGGACGCCGUUCGAGCAAUGGGGCGGCAAUGAAAUAAUGCUCAACUACAAAUGCCUAUGA